AUGGCUACUCAAUCCGCCGUGACUAUCGCUCAGGUCCAGGCCACGGCCACGGAAGGCCGCAUGAGGGACCUUCGACAUCGGCAGAAGCAGCUCAUCUCGCUCCACCGACAGCUCACAGAGAACGAGGCCGAGGCCAUCUCGGCCUUGCAAGCCGAUGAUGGGUUCUCCCGAGAAGAAGCUGAAUUCGUCCUAGCGGCGACUCUCGACGAGAUCCGAACGCAUUACGACGCCCUCGACCUCAAGAAGGAGCUGGAGGUUGAAUACGGCAUCAAGCGAGGCAAGAGCAACGAGCAGAAGCGGACGGUGCAGCCGCUAGCCUACAUUGUCCCGGAAACCUUUACGCUGCUUUACAGUGUGCUAGCGGCCUUUGCAGCUGCCACUGAAGCUGGGACCUGCUGCGUCUUCAAGUUUGACAACAACCUCCUUUCGACUCCUCCGCUCCUCGGGCGAAUCUUCGCACAGCUCUACGACAAGGAGGCUGUCUCCAUAACGACAUCCGAGCCGGACACCAGCCUGAUCGAGUCAUGGCUCGUUGUCGAUCAGACCGGCAACGCAGACGUUGGUCCAGGCGCCGAGAAAUAUCUGCCUUCUCGUCCAGAAUCGCUCAGCCUCGGGGUGGUAGAUCGGACCGCCAACGUCAAGGCUGCGGCCAGGGAACUGGUUCAGUCGCGCCUCGCAUUCCGAGGUUCGAGCCGGCAGGCCGUAGACUGGGUGUUGGUCAACGAAUUCGCUGUGGAGGAAUUCCUCGACGCGGUCAUCGAGAACAUCAAGGCAUGGCCACAGGCAAGUGGAGCCAAGAAGGAGACUGACACGCGGAACGCAGACCUGGAGGCUCUCGCGGCAGUUGGGUCUCAGGAGGUCUUUGACAGACCGGGGGUUGGUUCUGUGACCAAGACGGUUCUAGGAAGAAAACACAACGGCUUCCUGGGGAGAAAAAUCGCAAGCCGCAUACUCAGCGUCGAUGUUGUUACUAGUCUGGACGAUGCCAUCGACCGGCUCUCCAACAGCGGCAUUGAGCUAGGAGCGGUCUACAUCUUUGCGGGACUGAAGGAGGCAAAGUACCUCAGCCAAUACAUCCCGGCCCGAGUUUCGUUUGUAAAUCACAUCCCCCGGAGGUUUCACAUUGGCCCAGUGCCAGCACUCAGGUAUCCGGUGUCGGACAGGACCCGAUACACGCGGCAGAUGUUCGAAUUUAGCAGCCCGCAGUUCGUGGUCAGUACAAGGGCGGCGGUGAAGGAGGACACGGGGAAGCUGCUGAGAGAGGCGCGACGGCCCCUGAAGCCAACCGGCCAGCCAAAGGCCGGGGCGAUAGGAUUUUUCGAGGUCGGUGUGUACUUGGGUGCGACGUUUUACUUGUUGCCGUUUGCAGCGUUUGGCCUCGCUGGCAUUGGCUUUGGGCUGCACAAGGGAUGGGAGCUCUACCGCGGGCUGUAA